AUGGAGGAUCCAACAACAACAACAACAACAACACGAAGUAAAUCGGUACAGGAUGUGAGAUCCCGUUUGAGGGAAACACAGCAAAAAAAGAAGGAAUUUUAUAAGUCUUCUUCUCAUUCCAUUCCAUCCCGAUUUGAAACGAAAUUAAAUACAUCAUCCAUGGAAAAGAAGGGAUUUGGAACGAGUAGUAGUCGAUUUCAAGUAUUUGUGAGUGAUUUAGGAGGUCCUAAUGCAUCGACCUAUUCCAUCAGUAGAGAAAUAUUGGAAAGGAGAACAUCAGACUCAAAGAAAGGUUAUGGAUAUAUGGUAUCAAAUACGAAACGAUGGUAUGAUGCUCCAAGAAGUACUUUUAUAACUCCAGGACCCGGUUCAACAGAAACCAUUCAAUACUUUUCGUCGACGAGUCAACAACGAGUUCCCUCAUCAUCAGGAAGUCGAGCUUUUUUAUCAUCAUCUCCCACAAAGACUAAAAUUACAACAGAGACACCGCCUACAGUGGGUCCUGGAACAUAUAAUGUGAGAUUUUCGGAGGAUGACCGCUCGUCAUCACCCACAGAUAUUGUCAACCACUUUGAAGAAAGCAUGGAAGAAAGAUAUGAGAGAGAAAACCCAUCACGAGGAUUAUAUCGAAUACGGGAGAAGAAAGAAUUACCUCAAGCUAUAUUUCGAUCAACAACAAAGAGGGAUAUUGAAAAUACAAAGCCCCAAUAUGAAUCGAUUGAUAUUUCAGAAAUUGCAAAACCUAAAUCAGCCUCCAGUAGAAGUAGAGAAAUUCAAAUUAAUGAUUAUGAAAAAGAUCCUCGUUCUUUCUUCUUCAAAAAUGAUGCAAUUGAUAGGUUUGGAAACUUUACAGGAAAAACACGAAAAAAGAAGCCCAAAGAACAACCAAGUCUGUACUAUCCCUCCACAGAUCGAUUUGGCUCCAAUUUGGCUGAGAAAGAAAGCAAAAAGCAUAUCUCUUCAAGCUUCUUUGUUAGUAAUUCAAAAAGAGAGCCAAACAUUCCAAAAGAAAACGAAGAAAUUUAUCCAGGAAAAUAUGAUUACUCACCACUAUUCGCCACAGGUAAAACAAGGACGUUCAAUGCCAAUAAACAUGGCAUAUUUCUGUAA